AUAGCCGGCAUAUUAUUAGUAUCAAUAUGGAGUAUCGGGUUGCACGCAGCUCAGUUUACAAGUCAAUACAGUCGAGUUUUAACGUGGAUCGUAUAGCAAACAAAUCUACUGCCGCGCGAUAGAAGCCGUCUGACCAUGGACAAGGAUAGAAGGAAAACACCCCAACCCAAAGACAUUACAAUUAAACAGGAACCCAGUGACGAUAUCAAGAAUUAUGCGGAGACGACAAUGAAUGAGUUAUUAGGUUGGUAUGGAUAUGAUGGGGUCAGCAGUAUGGAAACAGAACACUUAAAUUUAACUAAAUAUCGUUCAAACUCAUCUAAAGAGAGACGAAGGCAUGAACGAAAACACGACGAUAGUGGUGAUGAUAGUGAUGGAAGUAUGAAUACAUUACCAGAUGAUGAUGACGAUGAUGAUGACGUCGAUGAUGAAGAUGAUAAUGAAAGCAUUAGAAGUUGUGAGCCAGGGGAAACAUCUCUAGCAGCCCAGCAUAGAAACUUGGUAUCGGCGUUAAAUAAAAGACAAGAUGCAUCUCCAGGCUCCAUAGAAUCACCCCCGUCACCUCAGUAUAUUGUUUGUGCUUGGUGUCAGAAACCUGGUCUUAAACUCUUUACCCUCAAAUCACCGAGUGGUGUCAAGCCAUUCUGUAGCGAGUUGUGUUUUACUCAGUGUCGUCGGGCAUCUUUCAAGAAAAACAAAAUUUGUGAUUGGUGUAAACACGUGCGGCAUACGGUCAACUAUGUCGAAUUUCAAGAUGGCGACCUUCAAUACCAGUUCUGCAGUCAAAAGUGUUUGAGUCAGUACAAAAUGAAUAUAUUCUGUCGCGAGACACAGGAGCAUUUGAACAAAAUCAAAUCUAAGGAUUCCGAGGAAAACAACAACUGUGACGUAAAAGAAAAACAUAUUCUCAUAACCCCUGACCUCUGGUUAAAAGAUCGCGGUGAAAAUAAAUCUCCUAUGGAUAAUAAAAUGAACAGUGUGGAUUCUGAACCUAGGACUAAAAGCUCGGCACCACCAGAAAGAUCUAGUACUAUAACAUCGCAAUCUGAAAACAAGGUCCAUUUGACGGCGAGACAUUCUAGAAGUAUGUCUGAUAUAAAACCUGUAGAAAGACGAAGAGAUAAACAUAGAUCGAGUACGCUGCUGGCCGAUUCAAGGGAUUCUCUAAGCGCUACUAGUCCUUCGAAUAGUUCCCAAAUAUCUCCCAAACCUGCGCACCUACCACCCUUACCUGGUGUACCAUACAUGCCUCCUUGGGUUCCACCUCCGCACUUAUUGAAUGGUAUGGGACCAGGCAUGAUGAAUCCACUAUUAUACGGUAUGAUGGGACCAUACGGUCCACCAAUCCAUUUACCGCAGAGUGCCACAAACAAUAAGUCAGAAAACAGAAUCCAAACCACAUCACCAAUGGGUCAAAAUUCAGUUUCACCGGCGACAUCAACAGGGUCCUUGGGAAGUAGUCCACCCGCUGCUCCAAACAUGAGUGGAUUUAUGUCGGGUUCACGACAUAUGCCGCCCUUUCUGCCAGUUGGAUAUCCACCAUUUCCAUUCCCACAAUUCAACAACGGUGAACUUCCAUUCGGCGAAGGUGGGAUACCAAUGCCUCCACAAAAUAAUCCUUUUCCUGUGGUUGGUUCAGGAACUCUUCCGGUCACGGUUAUGGUGCCGUAUCCGGUGGUUUUGCCUGUACCGGUACCGAUACCUUUACCAUUACCAAUAACGGCUGAGAAAUUAGAGCAGUUCUUUAAAGAUAAAGCUCAAGAAGAAGCCGAUAAGCAGAAAUGUUCUACAGGUACCAGAAGUGACAAUAUAAACAGAUCACAAUCGGCGGAACCAAGAAGUACAGCCCAUAAACAAGAUCAUAUGGACGAGUGUCUUCAGUGUGCUUCAUGCAACAGCGGGUCUGACAGAACAACAAGUCGUAAUUCCGUAGAUAUGGGCGCCAGUUUACGCCGAGAAUCGUAUGGUGAAGUGUACUCACACAAACUAAAACGUUCCUUAACGCCAAAUAUUUCUCCUGUAUCUAGUGUAUUAAAGAAAUCCAAAUUGACACUAACGAGUGAUUCGGACGGAGCAAUAGACUUAUCAAAAGACAGAAAGGACACUGUUGGUAAAGAAAACUGCGACUUGACAGGCACGAACGGAACAGAUUCAAAACGUCUAUCGGACAAAACUGACACUGAAUAUAUGUUAAAAGUGCCGCGUAUACAUAUUGUGAAUCCUGAAACUACUAGCCAGCAGACAUUGGCACAGUCUUUACCACUUCCUCCGUCAGAAAACCCUUACUCAAACAGGCGUAGUCUUAUUCUUGAUGCUCCAAACAUACCAAAAAGAGAGGACAGUCCGUCUCCCGAAAGGCGUUAUGUACGAACUGUUUCUCGAGACAUGGUAGAUGCUGCUCGAAGAAGGUGUCUUAGAGCAAGGGUUAAAACCAAAUAAAUGUACUGUUUUGACAUAUGUAUAUGUACACACGUUCCGUUGGUAUACUAACACGUGGUAGUUUGAAACGACGGGAAUUUCCGAUCACCUGUAUGUAUUAUAUCGAAAUGUGGUAUCGUUAUAUAAUUUAUAGUGUCUCACUCACUCCAUCAGACGUUGUUGAUUUCCUGUAGUAAAGAGGUGUGUACACGGGCUUAACAGGUUACAGCAGUUCAGCCCCGUCAAUAACUCCCCAAUAUAUAUAAACGAGGAUAAGGUCUGUUGUCUUGGUAAUCUCAAAUACAUCUAUUGAAUACAAACAUUAAUAUUAAUAACCAUUUACGUUACAGUAGUCACAAGAACCAAUGUGGUCUCCCAAAUUGUCUGUUUUUCAGAGUCAGAGAGCAAUACUUAUUCAAGACAUAGCAGAGUUACUUUGCACAGAACGAUAUAAUUAUUUUUUUGGUCUUUUAUAUUUAAAUAUGGCACUAUCCAAAAACUAUCAAUUAUUUUUAAUAUAAGGUCGUUGUUUGUU